AUGAGCCUCUUCAUUGAUAUAUAUACGCCUAACGGGCACAAAUACAGACAGCCCACUGGUCUAUUCAUUAACAAUGAAACUGUAUCCGCUACAGGAGGCCAGACCAUCACAUCUCUUGACCCCGCUACCGAUAAACCCAUUGCCACCGUUCAAGCAGCAAGCGCCCAAGAUGUCGACCGCGCCGUGAAGGCUGCCAGAGCGGCGCUGGUCCACCCCUCAUGGAAAUUACUUCCCGCGACAGAGCGAGGGCAGUUAAUGGCCCGACUCGCUGAUCUGAUGGAGGAGAGCAGAGAGUUAUUCGCGUCCAUUGAAGCUUGGGAUAAUGGAAAACCCUACCAUGUCGCCCUCAAUGAUGAUCUCACCGAGGCAAUCUCAACAAUUCGCUAUUACAGCGGCUGGGCUGAUAAGACCUUUGGUCAAACCAUCACCACGACAUCUCGAAAGUUCGCCUACACAAUCCGCCAGCCCAUUGGAGUAGUUGGCCAGAUCAUUCCAUGGAACUACCCCCUUUCAAUGGCCACCUGGAAGCUUGGCCCUGCACUAGCAUGUGGAAACACGAUUGUUCUGAAGCCGGCCGAGCAGACCCCUCUUAGCGCUCUCGUUCUCGGUACUUUGAUCAAAAAGGCCGGAUUUCCCCCAGGUGUGGUAAACAUCGUCAACGGCUACGGGCGCGAGGCCGGCGCCGCGCUCGUUUCGCACCCAUUGGUCGACAAGGUCGCGUUCACAGGAUCAACAAUAACCGCCCGGGAGAUUAUGAAGAUGGCCGCCGGCACUCUCAAGAACAUCACGCUCGAAACAGGCGGCAAGUCCCCGUUGCUGGUUUUCCCGGAUGCGGAUAUGGAGCAGGCGGUCAAGUGGUCGCACGGCGGUAUCAUGUCCAACAAGGGCGAGAUCUGUACCGCCACCUCGCGGAUCUUCGUCCACCGCGAUAUCAUCGAAGCCUUCACUGCUAGUUACAAGGCGACGGUGGAGAGUAUGAAGAUCGGAGACCAGUGGGACGAGACAGUCUCCCACGGGCCGCAGGUGACACGCGCGCAAUAUGAGCGCAUCCUCUCCUACUUUGAAAUCGCCAAGAGCGAAGGAGCUACUAUUCUCACUGGCGGUGCUGCCUACACGCCGACUGACGAGAAGAUCAAGAAUGGGUACUUUGUUCAACCUACCGUUAUUGUCAAUGCAACGGAUUCCAUGCGCAUCGCCCGCGAAGAAGUCUUUGGUCCUGUCGUCGUGAUUUUCCCCUUUGAUACCGAGGAAGAGGCUAUUCGUCGGGCCAACGAUAGCACUUACGGCCUAGGUGCGUCUGUCUUCACGCGGGAUUUGGAGCGUGCUCACCGUGUGGCCGCUGAGAUUGAGUCCGGUAUGGUCUGGAUUAACAGUAGCCAAGACUGUGAUCCGCGCAUUCCUUUCGGUGGUGUGAAGCAGAGUGGUAUUGGACGCGAGUUGGGAGAGGCGGGUCUGGAGGCAUAUAGCCAGACUAAGGCGGUUCAUGUGAACAUGGGCACUAAGCUAUAA